UCUUUUUCUCUUUUUCUUCUUACUUAUUACUCUAGCAAAUCUUACAAACAAUCAUCGCUUACUCAAUUAUAAGUAUACUAUAUUAUGGUGGUGUCAAAGCAAGCAUACAGCAGCCUUUUUUCAGCGUUCCAAUGGUCGUCAUCAAAGCCAGGGACUUCAUCCAAACAAGUUGUUACUACGUUGUCACCAUUGGACAAGGCACAAGAAAAAGCACAAAAAAUCAUUCGCGCUUCACCUACGUCUGCCAAAGGCUAUAUUCAAUCUGCUCGCGUUUAUAAAGAAAGCGGCGAUCUUCAGAAAGCACUCGGUGUUUACAGACAAGGACUUCGAUUCGUGCCGCCAGAAGACCCUCUGCACGCGCAACUACAAAAGGAAAAACAACAAGUGUCAGCCACACUGUUGCAAAGAAGCCGCGGCUUCCAUCAGCUGCUGCCAUACGACGUUGUCUGUCUGAUAUUCGGAAGCUUGGACUUUAGAGAUAUGCUACGUUGUACGGGUGUCUGUCAAGGAUGGUGCAAUUUUAUGAUGGAUUGGCCGGAGUUUUGGCAACGGAUGUCUCGAGAAAUGCCGCAAAUGAGCAGAUCCACGCUGGAUCCUUUGUUGCGACGUCAAGCACAAGAGUUUCGGCUGGAUGGUCAGGAUGCUGGUUUGGUACACGAUAUCCUAGUAUUUCUGGCGCACUCAGAUAAUCACUUUAUGCAAAAACUAUCUUUCAAAAACAUUACUUUGACAUUUGAGCAAGCAAAUCUCUUGGGCACCGCUCUUAAAUCAACAAGCCCUCCAGUAAAGCGAAUUGAAUUUGUUGACUGCAAGAUUCCUAUAACUCGAAUAGUCGCGCCUAUAUUGCAAGCCUGCUCAAGCAUGGAACACAUAUCGUUUUCGCAAACUGACGCGUACGGAACAUUGCCUUACGGUGACGCUCCUAAGAAAAAAGAUUUCCGCAUGCCAGACUUCGAGUAUACAUCGCUUACCUAUCUCAAACUUGGUGUUGAUAAUGCGGGUAAUAACUACGGGCUGAUCGACAAUGGUCGGCUCGCUGGCAUUUUAAGUCGGUGCCUCAAUCUUGUACACUUGUUCCUGGACUCUAACGGCACAACCCAUCACGGAUACAACAUCACACAAGUCUUGAAGCACUGUCAUCGUCUUGAAAGUUUGGUCGUAGGCCCAAAGGCAGACUUACCUGCUGCUUUGAGUCACAUUGAUGAGAGCGAGUUUGACAGCAUCAGCAAUAAUGACAGCGUGGCUGGCCCGCCUUCUUCUACAUCACUAAGUGCAACACCAUCAGCAUCAAACAAUGGCAGUAGCAACAAAUCCAACAAUAGCAGUAGCCCACCACGAGGAUUGCGACGUCUCAUUUUGAGCGGCAGCGUUAACGUGACUGAUAGCGACAUGGUUUCAAUAUACAAAAAGUGUCACAGCACACUAGAGCUACUCUAUCUGCAUUACGAUGGUGCAAGGAUUGCUUCCAGUUCAUUCUACAGACUUGCAUACCAUGAAGCACCAAAAUUGCGCGAAAUUUAUCUGGCGACCGAAAACGCCAGUGGAACAGGGAAUGCCAAACAUCCUCCUAUCGCCAAAGCAUUGACGGCCCUCUUCUCUUCAUGUCCAGCUGUAGAAGUGAUAGACAUUAAUGAUUCUCUAAGUGCAUCAGCUCGUUCAUUCUAUGGCGGCUGCUAUCUCCGUGUCAGUAAUGGGGUGCUCAAGUCUAUUGCCGAAAAUUGUUUCCAACUGCGUAAACUGAGGAUCGUUGGUUGUCGACAACAUACUAAAGACGGUUUGAUCCACUUUGCUUCUACAGGGAAACUGCGACGACUUGUUGACUUGGAGAUGGAUAUGGAAUGGCAAAAUGUGUUGGAGGUGGUUAACAAUCUUACAUCGCUGCAGCGAUUACAUGUGCGCAAGGAUUCGUAUGGUACUCAAACGGCCUUCCCACAAAGCCAUAAAGAGACAGCGAGCCGGAUCUUGGGAGAGCGUGGAGGCGACCUUACUUUGGCGUAAACAUAUGUACUAUAUUGAGUAACGCUUGUAAGUUUUAGCUAGCUUACCUUUCAAUUGACAAAUCGAACGUCACAGCCUUUUCAUUUAUGCCUAUGUAAAUUUCUUUUCACAAUGAUCAAUAAUAAAAGACAAAGCGGUAUGUUAUUGACAGCAUUGCAUAAAGUGCUCUGGACUACUACCAUAGCAAUACACAAAGUUGGCUUAAGUGAAGAUUUGAUAGAUCAC